AUGCGCGCGAGUCUCUUGCGCGCGACGACAGUUGUUCUCCUGUUAUAUGCAUCGACCGUGGCGAACGCGGCGUCGCUUAAUGCUUUCGGUCAGGACGGUUUGUUUGAGUUCGACACCGUGACGGUUGCCAUCCCAUCCGCGUCGGCUCGCGAGGGAGGGGAAAUCGUCGUCACGCAUCCCACGGGCGUGAUGGAUGAACCCGCGCCGCUCGUGCUCUUCAUGUUUCCAAUACACGGUUUUCCGUUCUCGACAUGGCGAACGCUCAUGGCGAACGUCAUUCGCGCGCUUGCGUCCAACGGCUUUGCCGUCGCGACGCCGGCGAGUAUCGACCCGAACGGGAAUCGCCCGAUCCAAGGAGGCAUGUUCCCAGGAACCACUUCGACGGUGAGCGGCAUCGAUCUUCGCGAGAUGGCGACGCGCUAUCUGAAUUUUUUCACGCACGCGAGCAGGUACUUGGUCGACCUCGCGCAGUCGGAUCCGAGCUUCGCGUUGCACGGCAAGCUCGAUACGUCUCGCAUCGGCACGAUGGGCUUCAGCGUCGGCGGCGCUCUAUCGCAAUACCUCGCUCAGCGGCUAGAUGCGGAGCUCCCCGGAAGAGUGGUAGCAGAAGUCGCGCUCGCGCCUACCAUCGGCACGGAAGUUCCCUUCACAGGCGUCGACGACAUCGGCGCCGAAUUGUUUCGCGAGUUCGCGAGCUCGAUGACGGUCCCAACCGUCUUUGUCGCCGGAGAAAACGAUGGAAUGGGUGGUCUGCGAGAUUCGGCGAUUUACUACGACCAAUCGCGCGCACCGAGAGUGCGUGUGACUGCUGGUAAUGGCGCCACGCAUUGUCACGCCAUCGUGCCGAUGAGCGAAUGCGAUCUCGUUCAAGGCACCAGAGGUUUACAGAGCUUGGACUCCAUCAUCGCGCACGCGAUGAUGACGCUGUAUCUUCGGCCAGACACGCCACGUUGGCGCGACGAACGUGAGUUAGCGACGGAAAUCAUAUGGCGUGAUGGUCUCGAGGCGCUUCACGCGCAAAUGGUGACGCCGCUCGCGCCGCCGAACCGCGCGUGGGAGAUUAGAAAAGUCGAACGCGAUCCCGAGUUGUCUUUGACGAUGAACGCGUAUUCGGUCGCCGCACCGCUCGCGCCGCAAUCGGUCGAGCUCAUCGCUGUGGUGCGUUCAUCGUCGCGCGCCGACGAAUGCGACGAAGUGCAGGUGACGGUGGAGAACGUUCCAGUCGGCAUCGAGGCGACGGUGACGCGAUUAUCGCCGACAGAGUUUGGAGUCGACGUGCGAUGGACGACGGUGCCACAGCGCGCGCGCGGCGCACAAACGCGACAGUUUCUCGGAAACUUGCUCAACGCGAGAUCAAACAGGCGUCCAGUCCAGGUGUCGAGCGAGUUCGGACCUCGCGUCGGCUUCGCCGCGCCCUCGCAGAGCGUGUUGACGAUUCAGGCGAAACACGCGUGCGUGCGAUCCGGCUUCGCCUUCGCGGACGUCUUCGUGAACCAGCCGUACGCGUAUUGA